AUGAUCACCACGAGCGGCCGCGUCGUUCGCAAGGGUGGCAAUGCGCCAAAUAGCCGGAAGGCCCCACUACCCAAGCAGACACCUCAGGAGCAGAUCGAAGACGCACUGCAGGCACGCGACUUCUCGAAGGCGACCACCAUCUUAGAGUUUUACAAGACAAGUGGGCAGAGCCUCGGCGAUCUCUCCAUUAACGAAUGGCUCGCCUACAGCGCCUUUCACGCGAAUGACAUGGAGAAGGCCAUUGAGGUGUACAAGGCCAUUCUCGCGUUGGACGACUGUGCGCCGAUCAACCAUACGUACCUCGGCUGCUGCUACUACAUGAACGGCUCGUUUAAGGAGGCGGAAGAAUGUGCCUUACGCGGCCCCGAAUGCCCCCUUCAGACGCGGCUGAUGUUGCACAUUGCACAGAAAACGCAUGACGAGGAGAAGCUCAUGGUCUAUCACGGCAAGCUACAGGAUACGAUCGAGGAUCAGCUCUCCCUGGCUGCGGCGCAGUAUAUUCGCAACCACUACACAGAAGCCAUCGAGGCCUAUAAGCCCAUUCUUGCUCAGACGAGGGAGUACAAAGCCCUCAACGUGUACGUGGCGAUGUGCUACUUCAAGCUGGACUACUACGAGGUGAGCGUCAGCGUGCUGAAUGUGUACUUACAAACCUACAGCAACAGUGCGGUGGCUAUCAAUCUCAAAGCUGCGAACCACUAUCGCCUCUUCAACAACAAGGCGGCGAAGAGCGAGCUGAAACUGCUGAUCGAUCUUCAACGCACCACGUACUACGUUGAAACGGACAUUGUAAAGCACAACCUGGUCGUUUUCAACAACGGCGAAGGCGCCCUGCAGGUCCUGCCGUCGAUGCUAGAUGUUGGUAUUCCAGAGGCACGCCUGAACCUGGUCAUCUAUCACCUGCGUCAUGAGUGCAUUAACGAAGCUUAUGAGCUGAUGGCCGAUGUAGUGCCACUCACAACGCAGGAGUACAUAUUGAAGGCUGUCGUCAACGCGUACGUUGGUCAAAACAUGGAGUCGCAGGAGCAUCUCAAGGUGUGCAAGGAAAUCUUCAACUACGUGGGCUCCUCGGCGAGUGAUCGCGAUACGAUUCCUGGCCGACAGUGCAUGGCGUCGUACUUCUUUCUCCUGCGCGACUUCCCUAACGUGCUCAUCUACUUGCGUUCAAUCAAGCCGUACUUCAGCAAGGACGACACUUUUCUUUACCUCUACGGUAUCGCGUGCGCUGGCACUGGGGAGUACGCCGAGGCGGAGCAGAGCCUGCUCGCCGUCAGCUCCGAAAAGAUCAAGGCAGAGUUCAGCUACACGAGCUGGCUGGUACGGUCGCACAUCAUCAAUAAGCACCCCAAGAUGGCGUGGGACAUCUACCUGAAGAAGGAGAUGGGCGAGUCCAUCGGAAUCUUGCGCCUCCUCGCGAAUGACUGUUACCGCACCAGCGCCUUUUACUACGCAGCAAAGGCGUUUGACGUGCUGGAGCGACUUGACAGCGAUCCCGAGUAUGUGGAAGGCAAGAAAGGGGCGUGCAUAGGUGUGUUUCAGCAGGUCUUCGCCAACGAGGAACCAGCCGAGUCUUUGCUCGACGUGAUGAAGAUGAUUGAAGCGAGUCUCCAGCGGCACACCGAUGAACCUCCUGUGGUGCAGCAGUUUUCCAACAUGCUGGCGCUGAUGAAAGACUGGGCGAAGGAUGCGAAGCUGAAGCGCCGGUGA